AUGUCUAUUCCACCUUCUCAAGCAGCUGAAAUGGUAUCCAGCGUAAGAGCUGGUACGGUAGCUGAUGAAGUCAAUGGAGUACGUACCAAGAAUUUAGGUAAACGCGACGUCGAAAUGGUCCGAUUAAUCGGCCAAUAUUUAUGUGACAAAGGCUACAGUCGUGCUUAUAAUGAACUGGCCGAGGAUACUGGUAUUGUUCUUGAACACCAAUCGGCCACUGACCUUCGAAAUGCUAUCUUGGAAGGGCGAUGGGAUGAUACUGAAGUAGCUGUUAAUGCUCUAGCAGAAUCUAUUGGGAAUGCGUCCGUUCUUCAGCACAUUCGGUUCCUUCUUUUAGAACAGCAGUACCUUGAACUACUUGAAGAAGAUGACCCUGUUCCAGCUCUUAAGCUUCUUCGCUCUCACAUUACACCUCUUAAACCCGACAAUAAGCGCUUAUACAAUUUAACAGAAUGUCUUAUGUGCCGAAGCAAAGAAGACUUGUACCGUCAAGCAGGUGGUUGGGAUGGCAAAGAUGGUCACAGUCGAACACAUCUUGUCGAAUCCAUUCAGCGAUUUAUGCCUGCUCAAACUAUGCUACCUCCUAGUCGUUUGGAGACCAUUGUAGCUGAAUCAGUUCGUUCUCAACUUGGAGGUUGUCUCUUCCACUUGGAUCCUGUUUCUUGGAAUUCUCCCAUCGACGAUAUUUCUAUUCUCCAACCACAUGCCUGUUCUAUAAUGGACUUCCCCGUCUUUCCAGUUCAAAAGAUUGAACAGCGUGACUCGGAGUUGUACUUUUCUGUCUUUUCACCUGACGGAAAUUACUUAGCUGUUGCUGGAAAGGAAAGCAGUUUGCAAAUUUACAAGGUUGAUAAAGCGAGGCAUUUCGUUUCCCCUAAUCGUUCUCUCACAGUUGAAUCCUCUGUAAGCCAUCUUUGCUGGUCUCCUGAUUCGAAGAAAAUUGCAGUAUGCCAUGGCUCUCGCCCCGGUCCAGUUGUCGUCUUCGACGUCGCUAGCAGACGCAAAAUCUGCCAAAAACAUGAAAAAGCUGACGAUGUCUACAUCACAGCAGCGUUCUUUGCAGACGGUCGUAAACUCGCUUUUGGUGGCCUCAAGGGUGGCUGUUUCUACAUUAUCGAUACCGAAGAUGAGGGUCGAGUAUUGUUCAGUCACGAUUACUGUCGCGUACAAUGCAUGGUCGCUUUUAUUCCGCCUCCUUCCAGUUUCGGAUGUCUCAUCCCCACUCCAUUGGAUUUGGACCCCAGCGCUAGUAGGUGUCCGUCAACUACUAGCACUAACGCCAACACUCCGAGUAUCGAUCACUCAGGAUUUGUUCAUGCCGUGGAUCAGCUGCUUAUUGUUGAUCACAUGUAUCGUAUUCGUCUAUUUCGCUUUGGCUACGCUCUCCCUCCUUCAAACACCGGCGACGCACAUGCGGCUUCCGCCAAUGCAGCAGGAAUGGAACAGAUGGCGGCGGAUGCAGCAUCGGUAGCAACUAUGACAACUGGUAUGUGGACUACUGCUACUGCCGCUGCCAGUCAGGGAGGGGCAGGAGGUGUAACUCCCAUCAUUAUGGCUCUUCAAACUGCUCUCUUUCCCCAUCAACAACACAGGGCUCAGCUCAGGGCUGGAGGUGGUGGUCUACCCCCACCGCCGAUUCGUCAGUCCACUUCGGACUCUAGUUUUGGUAUUGGGGUGGGAUUUGGGUCGUCUAGGCUCCAGACACCCGCUGCCAUUCCUUCUGCUGCUUCUGCUAGUACCCCUGGCUCUCUCGUUGGUCUUCCUGGACAAGUUCUGGUGCAGAUCCAACCGAACCCGGGUUUCGCUCUUCCACCCUUUGUGCAGAGUGGUAGCAAUGUUCUAGGUAGUGUUCCUAAUCUCAUGGCGGCUCAAAUUGGUGCCCCUGGCUAUAGCCUUGAAUCGCUCUCUACCUUCCCUACCAUUGUAUCUUCCAUACCCGGUCUAAUGCAUCAAUACUACAUGCGUUAUGCAGGUAUGCCUUCUUCCGCUACUGGUCCUCGUCCCAGCACAAGUGCCGGUCUUCCCGGUGCUAGCUCAAGUGGGAGCUCAAUACGGCCUGGUGCUUCUAUCGGAACAAGUAGCAAGUCCCGUUUACUCUUGUAA